CUGAUCUUUUUUAGGUAGAGGGUUUCCAUAGCUUCCACAAUGGACCCGCGUCUCAGUGCCCAGGAUGUCCUGCGCUGUGACCUGUGUGAGACUCCUGUUCCUCCAAUGUACUGUGAUUCAUGUCAUGUCAAACUCUGUAAGGCCUGUGUAGGGGAGCAUCUCUCUGAUUUAUCCAAAGAACAUAAAGUGGUGCCAUACAAACAAAAGGGAACUACACCAAAAUGUCCAACUCAUGUUGGAAAACUCUGUGAAUUUCACUGUAAGGAAUGUGACCUUCCUGUUUGUUCACUCUGUCUGACAUCCAAUUUCCACAAAGGACAUACUUUAUUGAAUUUACUGGAGAUAAUGAAAACCAAACAAAAGGCCAUACAAAAAGAUCUUGAUGAACUGUCCAAUUCAGUAUGCCCUAAAUAUGAAGAAAUUGCAGAAGAGAUAGAGAGAGAAAAAACAAACCUAGAAAAGCAAUACAAAAAACUGACAACAGCUGUCAUCACACAAGGGGAAGACUGGCACAGAGAAAUUAACAUCAUUGUCAACAAACAGAAAUCUGAAAUUGAUGAGAUGAAAACUAAGCACCUGGCUAUUCUAAAUAAACAGGAAAAUGAAAUCAAACAAAUUAUUUCUGAAGUAAAACAGUGCAUAGUUGAUCUGGAAAAAAUACUGGACUCUAAAGAUGUCUCCCUAACCUCUGCAUACAAUUCGAGGAAUGCUAAAUUCAGAAGUUUACCUCUUAAAGUCAACGUUUCUUUACCAAGAUUCUCUCUUCAGAAGAUCAGUGCAGAUAAUCUCAAUCAAAUAUUUGGUUCUCUGUCAGCAUUAUCCAUUACUACAGAAGAACAUGGCUACACAAUGGAGACACCAGAAGCUGUAUCCUGUCCUCCAGUCAAACCACUGCUUGAUGAACCAGAGCUCAUCGCCACCAUCAACACUGGGUUUAAAAUAUGCAGUGUAACCUGUCUCAGUGAUGAAGAAAUCUGGACAUGUGGGAAUGACAAAAUCAUGAAACUCUACAAACGCCAGGGUAAACUAAUGAAGUCAAUCAAAACAAAGUCAGGGAACACACCAGAUGACAUAGCAGUGACAAGAAGUGGAGAUCUUGUUUAUACUGACCCGGGUACAAGAACUGUAAACAUAGUGAAGAAUGAUCAGAUACAGGAAGUGAUCAGACUACAGGGGUGGAUACCUCACAAUGUCUGUAGUACCUCCUCUGGUGACCUCCUGGUUACCAUGGUCAGUGAUGCUGAAGAACAAUCAAAAGUUGUCUGUUACUCUGGUUCCACUGAGAAACAAACCAUUCAGUUUGAUAGUAAAGGUAAACCUCUGUAUUCAACUGGUAACAUUAAAUACAUCAGUGAGAACAGGAACCUGGAUAUUUGUGUGGCUGACUGGGAAGCCAAAGCAGUCGUGGUAGUUAAUCAGACAGGAAAACUCCGAUUUAGAUACACUGGUCAUACCUCUACUGCCACAAAAUUAUUUAAACCUUUGGGCAUCACAACAGACAGUCAGAGUCAGAUCCUGACAGCAGACUUAAGUAACCACUGUAUCCGCAUCCUAGAUCAGGACGGACAGUUCCUCUGUUACAUUGAUAACUGUGAUCUAUGGAGUCUAUGGGGUUUAUGUGUGGACACCAGAGACAAUCUCCUUGUAGCUGAGUAUGCUAGUGGUAAAGUGAAGAAAAUCAAAUACAUGUGA